AACAGGUGGAGGUCUAUGCAGUUUGCCAAGCGGGAGGAGUACCUCUCGUCCCAGUGUUCAAGACGGCCCCCGACUUUCAGCAAGGUGUCACUGCUGAUCCAAAAAGAGGGUUGGACUGGCAACUGUCCUCGCCCCGAAGACAUAGUGGCAAAGUGGAGACCCGUCACUAGGGUGCAGGUGGAGUCGGAUCCAUGGAUCAUCACUAAGAUCCAGAAUCAAAAGUGGACAGGCCUGGCCCUCAAGGACUUUGGCUCAAAAGGACAAGGAGUUGUUGCCACCAAAGCCUUUGCCAUGGGCUCCAUCGUUUGUGAUUACCAUGGAAAGGCUGCUGGUCGGGACCUCUGUGUGGACGCUGAGACUUUCCCUUGUGAGUGUCACCCAACAGAAAACACCAUGGGCCGGAUGAUCAAUCAUUCCUCCAAGAGAGCAAACCUGAGGCCAGUCCACUGCAUGAUGAACUUCCCUGAAGGACAGAGGGAUGUCAUCCUGUUCCAGGCGAAAAGAGACAUUCAUUUAUGCGAGGAGCUGCUGUUUGAUUAUACAUCGUCAAGUGCAAAUCUUUUCGAGGAGAAAGCAAUGAUCUUCGACUGGCUGGAUGAGUGAACACAUCAGGCCAUUCAUUCACCAGUCCGCUCCAUCACAUCAAGGCCAAGACUGAUGGACCAUACGGACCACAAACAUAUUUGCACUCUGAAAAAAAUAUAUACACUGCAUGUUGUUUGCACAUUUUUGACACUGUUUUCAAUUUUAUUAUGUGCAUAACAGACAAUAAAGAUUCUAUUCUAUGCACUAAAACAGCUAAUCAU